AUGACGUCUGCCUCCGCGCACAAGGAUGAGAUGGGCAUUGCUGCCUACACCGACGGCCUGGAGGUCCGCGCAUCUGCACCUUUGUACCUGACGCAUAAGUGCCGACCCAACUCCACCACUACGCACGCCUCGCGGCGGGUGCGCCGCAGCAAGAAGGUAUCGGUCCCUUGAGGGUGAGUCUAGCCCUGCUCGCUAGAAAGACCCCCCCCUCGCUAUGGGUCAUGCCUACGCAAAAUCUUGCCGAGGCAGCGAGGGGAAGAAAGGGCAGUGGAUGCCGUGGGACCUCGCGAUCGAUAAUAUUUCCUUGACUUCGACCUCUCGUGAGUACGUGGGAGAGACAAGGAACUGCGGGCUUGCCACAGGAGAUGGGGAAAGACAGAGAGAGUGGUGGUACACGCAGCAUGAACGUCGUCCUAAGAUGGCUGGUGGUUAGGUAGCACGCGCCUUGCGCGAGGACCGCGGAGUUCUCUACUUCAUCGCUCACAUUCUGCCGAUGCCAGUCGACCGUUCAGGUUCGAGUGCCGAGAUUAACCACGAGAGACUUGGUGGGUUGUGGAGCGAGAUCUACUUGCAGGAGCAAGAUCUACUUCAAACGAGAGUUCCGCC